AUGUGGCCUGGCUGGUGGUCUGCCUUUGUGAUAUGCAUUUUACAAAUAAAGCUCCUGGCAGCAGGGCCCACUCCAAGUUAUGCUUUGGAGCCAGUACAAGAGAAUGGGACUCCAUCUCCUGUAGACUGCAGAAUGAGCCCCUGGAGUGAAUGGUCACAGUGUUACCCUUGCCUCAAACAACAGUUCCGCUCAAGGAGCAUCGAGGCCUUCGGACAAUUCAACGGGGAAGCCUGCCAUAAUUCAGUGGGAGACCGCCAGCACUGUUCACCUGCUGGGCCCUGUGAAGAAGCUGAGGAUGACUGUAGGAGUGGCUUUCGAUGUGACACAGGAAGGUGCAUAAAUCUCAAGCUCCAGUGUAAUGGUGACAAUGACUGUGGAGACUUUUCAGACGAAGAUAAUUGUGACAAUGAUCCUCGUCCUCCCUGCCGUGACAGACAGGCAGAAGAGUCUGAAAUGGCACGAACUGCAGGCUAUGGGAUCAACAUCUUAGGAAUGGAUCCCCUAAGCACACCUUUUGACAAUGAGUUCUUCAAUGGCUUCUGUGACCGAGUUCGGGAUGGAAACACCUUGACAUACUACCGCAAACCCUGGAAUGUGGCUUAUUUGGGCUUUGAUGUGAAAGCUGAUAAACAUUUCAGAACUGAGCAUUUUGAAGAACAGACUCAAGCAUUCCAAAGUAUCAUCCAAGAGAAGACAUCAACUUUCAAAGCAGAAAUCUCUCUAAAAUUUGUACCUACGGAAACUUUUAAAGAAUAUAAAUCUGCACUUGGAUUAAGUCCUACUGGAGGACCCAUUCCAAAUCCUAUUGAUAUCACGGCUGGGUCUAGUUUUACCUACUUCAAAAAGGAAGCUUACCAGCAAUUUUUGUCCUAUUUUUCAAAAAAGGAAAAAAUGUUUCUGCAUGUGAAAGGAGAAAUUCAGACUGGAAAAUUUGUGAUGAGAAAUCGCAAUGUCAUGCUGACAAUGACUUUCGUGGAUGACAUAAAAGCUCUGCCCAUCAACUACGAAAAGGGGGAAUAUUAUGCCUUUCUGGAAACCUAUGGAACACACUACAGUAGCUCUGGGUCUCUAGGAGGACUCUAUGAACUAAUCUAUGUUUUGGAUAAAACUGCUAUGAAGAAGAAAGGUAUUGAACUAAAAGAUGUACAGAGAUGCGUCGGAUUUAAUGCACAGUUUUCUGUUGAUGUUGCAAUUUUUGGAACGGAAUUGAAAGGAAACGUUGAUAGCAAUGAUUGUUUGAAGAGGGGUGAAGGUGGCAUUGUAAACAUCACGAGUGAUAACAUCAUAGAUGAUGUUAUUUCAUUCAUAAGAGGAGGGACCAGAAAACAUGCACUUCAAAUAAAAGAAAAGCUUGCCAGAGGAGCCAAGACGAUUGAUGUGGCUGACUUUGUAAACUGGGCCGGUUCACUGAAUGAUGCUCCAGUGCUCAUAAACCAAAAACUGUCUCCUAUCUAUAAUCUGGUUCCAGUGGAUAUGAAAGAUUCAUAUCAAAAGAAACAAAACUUGGAGCGAUCCAUUGAAGAAUAUAUCAAUGAAUUCAAUGUCAAAAAAUGCCACCCAUGCCAAAAUGGAGGUACUGUGAUACUGAUGGAUGGAAGAUGUGUGUGCUCCUGCCCAAUAGGAACUGAAGGCAUUGCCUGUGAAUUUAACAAACUGAGGAUCUCCUAA